AUGUCCUACUUCAAGACCGAAUACCAGCGGUUCCUGGAUAACCCCAGGACUGCUAAAUUGGCCGACGAUGUGUCUAUGAUCUAUGUUCCUACCACGACGAAGUUCGAGAAGGCCGACAAUGUCAUCACUCAUGUGUUGAAGAAUGCCAAGGUGGUCAAGACGAAAUCCAACAAGGUCAUCAGCGCCAUUGAAGGAUCAGACUCGCUAUGUCUAGACAUGGAAACAACCCUCGAAUUCACUGAGGGUGGUGGGGUUUAUCUCCCCUCGCUGGACGAUAAUUUCCUGGCCGACCGUGUCGCGACUUUCCCCACGGUUCACAUCGUCCACUUCGACGCCAAUCAAUUGAUCAAGCAGAUCCGAAUUUACUGGGAUCAGGCCUCAUUGCUGAAGCAAGUUGAGGUAAUUGGAGCGCGCGGACGCCAAUGGCCCAUUCGUGAUGGAAAAGACCAACUCCGUCUCCUCAAAACCGCCGAGACCGCGCGUUUGGCACCCUCGCAGCCUGCUUCUCAGAACGUGGAGACAACACUCCCCCAGCGCCCCGCAUCCCCAGGCAAGCGCCAUAUCAGAGAUCCCCACGCCGCUGGGUCCUUGACCGAGCUCCUCUCGCCGAGCAAGGAUACAAACAAACCUGAAUCCACUAGCAAGAAAUAUACCCAAGACCCCUAUGGAGCGGGCUCCUUGAAUGAGCUUCUGUCCCCGACCAAGAAGGGCCCCGCUUAUGUGCCUCCCCUUGGGUCCUCGUCUGGGCGACCUGCCACGCGCAACUUCAGCGAUAUCUUCCUGAAGGAUGACGACGACUCCCCUUCGAAGCCCCAACGCCGGGCUCCCCGCGUCGACGAAGAGGGCGAAAAGGCCGGCACAGGGCCCGUCGACGAACAGCGUAAUUUCUACAAAACCGACCCCGCAAAGUACAGCCACUUUGAUAUCGCCGGCGGUGAAACAGUCGGCAAAGGGCCCGUCGACGAAGACCGUCAUUUCUACAAAACCGCCCCCGGAAAAUACAACCACUUCGAGAUUGGCGGCGACAACACGGAGCGCGAGACAAAGGCAGAAGUUAGACAGGCCAACACCAAACACGCAACCCACUGGGACUUCGACGACAUCGAGACCCCUGUGAAGGGCUCGCGCGCACCACGCGGACAAGAAGUGCGCCACUUUGGCUUCGGCGAUAACGAAGAUGGCAAUGGAUCCCCCCAAGCCAAGCCAAAUGUGACCAAGCCCCGUCGCGACGUAGACCGCCAUUUCGAGCUUACCGAUGAUGAAUCCGAGGACGACGGACGGAUCAUCAGCUCAUUCGGCGGCCGCGGCAAGCGUCUCUACGAGAACCGCCUCUUCGACGACGAAGGCCAGCCUAAGCCCUCCGAGCGCGAGCAGAAGGACAAGGAGGACCAGCCCACCCAUAACCAUGAUGCGCACAAUAAGAUGAUGGAGUCCCACUGGGAUAACUACGAUGAACAGUCCCCCCAACUGCCUACCCAAAAACACACCCAGCACAAUAAGAUGAUGGAGUCCCACUGGGAUAACUACGACAAUGCAUCCCCUGAGCCGGUUAGGAGAAAUGCCACCGCGCAGCGCAACCCUCUUGGCCACAACCAGCCCACCUGGCACCAUGGAGACCACAACUAA